AUGGACGUGAAGAUGUUAAAAACUUUGCAGAAAGAUUUGUUGAUGUCUGGAUCAAGCUUCCUGGUCGAGCUCCUAAUAACAAUCCAAGAAAGAGGACAAAAUUUGGUCCCAGUAAAGGCUGCUUUCGGAGCAGCCUUACAGCUUGAACUAGUUAAGAUGUUAAAAGUACAAUGUCAUGAUUUGGAUAAAAGCCUACCCUCUUUUGGUGAAGUAAUAGAGGAAGCUAAUCGUCUGGGGGCAAAUAUAGAAUUGAAGCUCAGAGCCAUGCAGACCAUAGAGGCUCUAAACACUGAGAAAAACCCAGGGAAGUGCGACAGUUGUGGAAAAGAGGGUGAUUUGGCUAAAAGGUGUCAGCAGCUUGAGGAGAUUCCCCUAAAGGUGUUCACGACAUCAUUCCCGGCAAGUGGGUCUACGUUAAGAAAAUACACAAAGAACCGUUGGGUGCCAAGUGGGAAGAGUGCUGCCAAUCCAACAGUGAACAGAAAUGAUGAAAAUGUGAAGAGAGGUAACUGGUCCUCGAAAACUGACUAUUUGCUCUCGAUGAUUGGCUGUGCUGUGGGUCUAGGCAAUGUCUGGAGAUUCCCUUUCCUGGCUUACAAAAAUGGAGGAGGUGUAUUUCUUAUUCCCUACUCAAUCAUGCUGGGUCUUGUUGGGAUACCAAUAUUUUUCUUGGAAUCUUCCUUUGGACAGUUUGCCAGCCUCGGGCCUGUUGCAGUGUGGAAAUCUGUACCAAUGUUACAAGGUGUUGGAGUCACCAUGGUCCUUCUGAUCGUAAUUGCCAACAUUUCCUAUGCCUGCAUUAUUGGUUACAGUCUGUACUACCUGUUUGCUUCCUUCCAAUCACCCCUACCAUGGGCAGUUGUUUAUUUCACUGCAAUUAUCCCGUAUGUGGUUGUGACGAUACUCCUGAUCGGAGGGGUUACCCUGGAGGGAGCCUCUAAAGGAAUUGAAUUCUACAUCGGAAGCCAGUCAGACUUCUCCAAACUGGCUGAUGCUCAGGUCUGGAAAGAUGCUGCAACACAAAUUUUCUACUCGACAUCAGUGGGUUGGGGCAGUUUAAUCACAUUGUCAUCCUACAACAAAUUCCACAACAACUGUUACCAAGAUACCAUCAUUGUCUGUGUUGUUAAUUGUGCUACGAGUGUGUUUGCGGGAUUUAUCAUCUUCUCCACUCUUGGACACAUGGCUCAUGUGCAAAACAAGCCCGUUUCAGAGGUUGCACAGUCAGAAACAGUAAUAACAAGCCUGCUGGACCAGUUUCCUGAGUUCCUUAGGCCAAAGCGUCUUUAUCUGACAGCUGGUCUUUGUUUGUUAUUUUAUUUCCUUGGCCUUCUGUUUGUAACACAGGAUACCGCCAAUGAACAUGGUGCUGUGGGUGAUGAGAAUGUGGAACGGGGUAACUGGUCUUCGAAGAUUGAUUACCUGCUCUCCUUACCUGGCUUACAAAAAUGGAGGAGUAAAGUAGUUUUACGCCGUUCCAGUUCAAUGGAUGAGACUGGGGAGGUACUCUGGUAUUUAGCCCUCUGUCUGCUUCUUGCCUGGCUAAUAGUUGGGGCAGCAUUAUCAAAAGGAAUCAAAUCUUCAGGAAAGGUGCUUUAUUUCACUGCGACAUUCCCUUACGUGGUUCUGACCAUACUCCUGAUCCGAGGGGUUACCCUGGAGGGAGCUUCUAAAGGAAUUGAAUUCUACAUCGGAAGCCAGUCAGACUUCUCCAGACUGGCUGAUGCUGAGGUCUGGAAAGAUGCUGCAACUCAAAUUUUCUUUUCUAUCUCAGUGGGUUGGGGCACUUUAGUAGCACUGUCGUCUUACAACAAGUUCCACAAUAACUGCUACAGAGAUACCAUCAUUGUCUGUGUUGUUAAUUGUGCUACGAGUGUAUUUGCUGGAUUUGUCAUCUUCUUCAUCCUGGGACACAUGGCUCACAUACAAGAUAAGCCCGUUUCAGAGGUUGCCCAGUCAGGUUUCGGUUUGGUCUUCAUUGCCUACCCAGAGGCCCUUGCACAAUUACCGUGGGUACCAUUAUGGUCUGUUUCAUUUUGCUUCAUGCUGCUCACUUUGGGAGUUGACACACAGUUUGCAGGUUUAGAUUUCCAGCAUCCACAUUCCUUUGCUUUUAGAAUUCCGCAGGUGGCAGAACAGCCUGAUCCCUAUGCCCUUAACUUCCAGAUACAUGUACCUGUGAAUGCUGCUGGAUGGCUGUAUGUGGAAUACUCUCUGCUUCCCACCAGCUCCACCACCAUUGUCACUGCUGGGAUUUACUGGCUAAAUUUAAUGGAUCAUUACGUUACGGACUGGAUUCUCGUUAUAACAGCUCUCCUGCAACUCACCGGUCUCAGCUGGAUCUAUGGGACAAACAGAUUCAUCAAGGACAUUGAGAUGAUGAUUGGGGAAAGGACUUGGCUCUUCUGGCUGUGGUGGAGAAUGUGUUGGAUUCUGAUCUCUCCGUGUUUGCUGGUGGCAGUCUUAAUCUGGUCCUUGACAACAUUUGCCCCACUAAGAUAUGGAUCUGUUGAAUACCCUGUCUGGUCAGGAGCACUGGGCUGGUGUAUGACCAUCUUCUGUAUUAUGUGGAUCCCCAUCAUGGCUGUGGUG